CUAAAGUUUAUGUUCAUCCGUCCUGUGUUACCAGCCUGCAAGGUAACACAAUGAAGUGGGGUGUAUGUGUGGGUGUGGCUGCAACUAUCCUUGGAAUCUAUUUUUGUCACUUCCUGGUGACUGUCACAUGGGGCUCUGUCCUGGCAAAGUUAUGGGCAGCUUCUAUGCUUGGUGUAUGCAUAGUGACUUUAACAUUGACUAUAGAUUUUUAUAGAAGAGAUUUUGAUGAGAUGCACUUCUACACUAUACGAAGCAAGAUAAACCAUUACAUUGCCAAUGCUGGCCUUGCUGUAGCUGGCCAGUACCAACAAUGGAAAAUGGACAAAAGCACCAAAGAUAUCAAAGCUGCACAAAACGAAAUUCUCUUCCAAAGACUUAAAAAAAAUAAGGAUACAGAAUAUGGUAUCAAAUACAAAUUUUCUGAGGUAAAAACAAGAGAAGAUUUUGUGAAGUGUCACCCUCUGACACGAAUCAGUCAUUAUGAGGAUUACAUUAAUAGAAUGAUGUCAGGAGAGAAAAAUAUCUUGACUUCAGCGCAACCGAUCAUCUUUGCUGUCACUUCAGGAACCUCUGGUAAAAGUAGUGUUAUACCAAUGAUCAAAGAACAAAGAAUACUAUUUUUCUUGCAAGGAGUAGCUGUAGCAUAUAAUAGUAUGAUCAAAGCAUAUCCAGGUUCUAAAUCAAUUCAAAAGAAUCUCAAACUGUUUUACACCCCCAAGAUGAGAGAAUCACCUUCAGGGAUACCUGUUGGUCCUAAUUCAUCCUCCCCUGCAAACUCAAAGGCAAUGUUGAGUCUUUACUCAACCCCAAGUGCUGGAUAUGAAAUUCUCAGUGAACCAGAAGCAUUAUAUGUUCAUUUACUGUUUGCCAUAAGAGAUCGUAAUAUUGGAAUCCUAGAAGCUAAUUUUUCCUCUAUAGUGUACAAUGCACUGCGUGCCCUUGAAUAUCAUUGGGAAAGUCUGGCUGAUGACAUUGAGAAAGGUUGUAUUAGUGCCUCUCUUAAAAUUGAUGAUAGGAUUAGAUCUGAACUAGAUAAGUCAUUAUCACCUGACAUAAGAAGAGCAGAUGAGAUCAGAGCAUCAUUCAAAGAUGGCCGAAUGGGUUUGGUUAAGAGGUUAUGGCCAAACUGCAAUGUUGUGUUAGGAACAGAUACUGGGGCAUUUGCCCUCCAAGGUGACAUGCUGAGAGAAACUUUCUGCAAAGGGGUCCCCCUCUACUCCCCUCUUUAUGCAGCCUCUGAGGGACUUUUAGGGGUGAAUAUCUGGCCCCUAGAGAGACCGAGUCACUACCUACUGGCCCCACAGUCAAUGUUCUGUGAAUUCAUUCCUGUGGAGAACAGUGAUGAAGAUCAACCACAAACUUACUUCAUGGAUCAGGUGGAGAGAGGACGUGUGUAUGAACUAGUCAUCACUACAGCAUCAGGUCUUAUGAGGUACAGGUUUGGAGAUGUUGUCAAAGUUGUGGACUUUUACAAUCAGUGUCCGGUCAUUGAGUUUAUGUACAGGCAGGGCCAGCUGUUGAAUGUACGAGGGGAGAAAACAUCUGAAGUGGCAUUAUUCAAAGCUUUAUCAGAAGGCGUGGCUCACUGGCCUGGGGCAAAGCUGGUGGAUUACUGCUGUGCUGAGAGUGUGUUGGUGGAGGAAGAGGAUCCGAAAGACAAGGAGAGUUAUGUUCCAUUCUACCAUGUUUUUGUUGAACUCGAACAAGAAACUUCAAAUUUUGUCUUGCUUGAUGAACAGAGGAAUCUUGUGGAUGAGUCUUUAUGUAAACAGUCCUAUGUAUACCAGUCAUUCAGGAAGAAAGGUAGUAUUCACCCAAUGAGGAUUCAUAUAGUCAGCCCUGGUACAUUCCAGAAACUCCGCGACUUCACCAUAGCAACUACCUCAGCGUCUGCCAAUCAAUACAAAGCUCCCCGGGUCCUGAAGAGAAAGGAUGCUGUGGAAAUGUUAAUGAAAAAUGUGGUUAAAUAAAGAUGUGUCUUGCCAGUAGCAUAAGAUAUUGAUAGGAGAGUAAUUUAAAAUAUAACUGUAUACAAGAAUGAUUUCUUCAUCAUGAAAAGGGCAUUUCAAAAUACAAGUAAUUUAUUGAUGAAUUCAUAUUAGCUUAUUAGAUUUAUACCUACGUGUAUAUGUCCUACUUGCCAAUAUAGGAUUGUUAUACAGUGAUCUCAAAGCUGAGUAAAAACAGCCUACCAUUUAUCUACAUCAAACUUACUUUUUAUAUACAUGUAUAUCAAUAGGUUAAAAUCAUACUACAUAUAGUUACAAACGGAGGUGUUUUUAAAACAAAUUAUUGAAGCUUGUUAAAAUCACAGAAAGUGAAAUACUUUUUUCAGAUAUUUUGUCUCAAAGUCACAUAAAUGUACCAUGUAUACAUAUAUUUUUUAAUUGUUAGACAUUUUGGAUAAGUUGAUUUGAAUGUUAGUAGGUACAAAUCCUGAUAUGGUCUCUUACAUUUUUACUACUUUGAUUGGUAUGUUGUAUGAUUCUUUAUUCUAAAUCUUUUGAAUGUUACUGGAUUCACAUAUUUUUGUCUUUUUGUUAUACUUUGGUAAAGAACAACUGUUGUGUGUCCCUCUAAGAUAAUAUCCACAGUUGGAUUCAUUUAUUUAUAGUUUCUGGACUUCAGUAAAGUUGGGUGUUGGGUGUAUCUACAUGGUGACAUCUGCAGCUUGAAAUAUUUUGACCUACUUACAGUUUUUGGACUUGUUAACUUCACAUUGUGUGAAACAUCUACCUCAUUAGACAUUAUUAUAUAAGACAAUAAUGAUAAUUAAAUUAAUUACCAAUAAAGGUAGCUGGAUAUAAAAGUAAAAUACUCAAUAAGGCAAACAUAUUUGGAUCAACAUUGUGAUUGUAUACAGAUUUUUCAACUACAACGGUAACACAUAUAUAUGUAUUCUGGUCAUUUGUAUACACCUAUUAACUCAUUGGAGCUAUUUAUAGUUUAUAGAAAUAUUUACACAUGUGUGUAAAAUGGCCUUUUUCUACUUCCUGAGUGGAUCACAACAGCCAUUUGUUACGUACAUGACUAAACUGGUGCUUUGUAUACUCAGACCAGUGGAGUUGCUGCUGAAGUUCAAAGAUUUGUAUUCAAUUACAUUACGGGCUCUUUAAUUUAAACAUUUUUGGAUGUGCUAUUGUCUUUAAAGUAUUAAGAUAUCUUUCUGUUCCACUUUACUUGUACUAAACUUUACACUGCUGUUUUUCAUGGUAUAUCUUAAGAUGUGGUACAAACAGUUUUAAGACACAGACUUCAAAGCAUUUAUUGUAACAUCAAUUUUCAGGGCAUUGAAGUCAUUUUGGUUAAUGUUUUUAGUUCACCUGUCUGAGACCAUGUGAGCCUAUACCAUGGCAGCCCUUGUCAGUUAGUCAUUAAUCUAUCUGGUGGCAACUUUCCUAUUUGAAUAAAUUCCUCUCAAGAAGCAAAAGCACUUGGUGAAAAUAUUAGGCCUCUAGUAAACUGAGAUGAAGAGCUACUUAUUUGUUCAGAUGAAUGUCCUUGAUUCACUUUCAAGGUCACAGGUGAUGAAGAUGAUAAAAUCUUAAAACAUCUUCCUCUCAAUAACCACGAGGUCCUGUGUCAUGAUAUUGAACAUUUAGCUUACUUGUAUGAAUAGCUACCAAGUUUGUUCAAAAGAAUAACUUUCACCAUGUUCAAAGUCACAGAGGUCAAAUUCAUAACUUUUUGUUCAUAUGGCUUAUUCUUUGGAGUUUUGAUAUUUGGUCAGUUGCUUUCAAAGAUGAAGGGCUACAAAUUUUUGAUGUGAAAAUGAAAGUUACCGAAUACACUUGUUCAAUCAAGUAUAAGUCCAAGAACAGGUAAAUGAUACAGGCCCUUCGGACCUCUUAAUAAAUAAAUAUUUGUAAGUCCUUGAUAUUUUAGAAAAGAAAAAAAAUAUUUCCUUACUUGAGUAAUACAUGUCUUAAAAAAUCCAUGCUGUGAGCUAAUACACAAUUAAUUAGGAAUGAAAUAACACAAUUAACAAGGAAUGAAAUAUUUUUCUGUUUCUUAAAUUUAA